UGGGAGGUGACGGAGCAGGAAGUGUUGAGAUCAAAAGUGUGGCUCAGUGUUGACAGGAGACACAUGAUGAGGUACAGAUGCUGAAAGAUGCUAAUAACUUUGUGUUAUGUUUACCUGUGGCUGCGUUUUCAGAGAUAUUACACGAGCGUGAUUCGCGGCGCGAUAUAUCGACGGAGAGGCGCUCACAGCAGCUUCACUUUUUGCGCAGUGCAGACCUCACACGAGGACAAAGUUUUCCUGCAGCUGGGCAAUAAGGUCAUAUACAUCUCCGAGCCAAAGGUCUGUGAUGAUCUCAGUCAGUGGAAGCUGCUCUUGGGUUCUUCACUGAUCUGUGCACCACGGUUAGAGAAGAUCGCCUUCAUUAUAGAGGCGACAUCACGGCAGAAAGUGGGUCUGUCUGCUGCUAACUCGCAUAAGAAAUCACUGAAGUGGUCCGAUUACUGUCUCCCAUUGGCCCGCAGUCCCGGGCAGCCGUACAGGGCCUUGGCUGAAGCUAGUUUGGAAAACUUCAGUCGGCUUGGAGUGGCCUUUAUGGAAGAUCGUCUACAGAUGGAAAAUGGCCUCAUACCUGAAAAAAUAGUUUCUGUGUUGCUCGGUGAAUCGACGCUUAAAGAACUGAUGGCCCAGCAGCAGUCAGACAGCAGCGGGAAAAUUGAGGCCAGACAUCCCAGAGAGUCAACAGGAGCUGCUUUAUCCCUGGAGAAAUCUUUGACAAGGCUUGACGUUUCACCUUCUACUCUCCCUAGAAAGAGCAGCCUACGUCUGACUGCUCGACGCGACUCAGACACGCAGAGCUGUGGGACGGAUCGUUCGGAAGGCGGGCCUGAGAAACCGGAGGAGCGCGUGUCCGAGCACCACCACACGGAUGGACACCACCUCCAUCUCUCCAGUUGCAACGAGUGUCUGCAACUGGAGAACAGCACCAUUCUGUCGGUGAAGUUCGCAUCCGUGGAGAACAUUCCCGAUCUUCCUGAUGACUACGCCGCCACAGACAGCGAGGAGGAGGUCGAGAGCACCUCGGGUGAAAACAGGCGGGGAAAUGCUGGUGGAAAGCCACCCAAUGUGCUUGUCUUCACAGCUGGCUGCGAGGAGCAGUAUCGUAAGGUUCGCACGGUCCUGGCCGAGUGCAUCGAUACGGACCGCUAUGUCAUCUACCCCUUGAGUCCGCAGCAAGCUCUGAGUGAACCCUGGCCUGAAAAUACGCUCCUGCUGGUGCUCGCUUCCGAUCAGACCCUCACGCCGCAACUUCAGCAGCGUUUCCUUUCCUAUCUGAGCCAGGGCGGGAAGAUGUUGGGCCUGUCGUCCACGCUUUGCCCCGCCGGACUCGCUCUGCGGCCCAGAGACGCGCAAAAGGACCAGAUCUGCACGCUGACUUUCACCAAAUCAGACAGCACGGAGGUGCGGCUAAGCGUGCUGGGGAGCGGGAGCGCGUACACGCGUGUGACACACGAUAGCAGCGGAGAGGUGGAGCUCUGGGGGGAGAUCGACGGACAGGAGGAGAAGCACAUGGCGAUCGUUCGGGUGAGGUACGGUGCGGACAGUGGAGAGGCAGUGCUGUGCCAGGUGCGUUUGGAGACGGCCCCAGAUGCUCAGGGUUCUUCAGGGUUCUCUGAACUGAAGAUGAGCAACGCUCGGCGCUAUGAGGUUCUGACAGAGAUCCUGACAUCUCUGGGUCUCAGCUGCGAGCUAACUCAGGUGCCGCCCCACAGCCCCCUCUACCUGCUCGCUACAAAUCAGGAGCAGCGGGACCGAUUCCUGCACUGGCUGAAGGGUCAAGCGGACGGGUCGGACGGCGUUCUGCAGACGCAAGCCGGGAGACUCAGGGUCAUUUGGGCCGGAGAGAAAGCACCUGAUCUGGACGACGGCGAGCGAGCUUUUUACACCGAACCACCACACGACUUUUCUGAACAUUUCAGUCUGAAGACGUACCAGGAAAACCUUCAGACUCGACGACUGGGCCGAACCGUCAUCUACGCAGAUGUCACAUCCACCACUAUGGACCUGCUAGACAGGAUGAUUCUGAAGUUGCCACAGGAAGUGGGGUUAAUCGCCAUAGCGACGCGUCAGACCCAGGGCAAAGGUCGGGGGGGAAAUACGUGGUUGAGUCCGCUGGGCUGCGCGAUGUUCACGCUUCACCUGCAGGUAGAGCUGGACUCGCGGCUCGGUCAGAGAGUCUCCUUUCUGCAGCACCUCGUCUCUCUUGCCGUGGUGGAAUCUGUGCGCACGCUGCCGGGUUAUGAGGACAUUGACCUGCGCCUGAAAUGGCCCAAUGACAUUUACUAUAGUAACCUGAUGAAACUUGGGGGAGUUCUGGUCAAUUCCACCAUCAUGGGUCAAACGUUCCACCUUCUUAUCGGCUGCGGGUUUAACGUAAGCAACAGCAAUCCGACCAUCUGCAUCAACGAUCUGGUGCUGCAGCAGAACCGUCAGCGCCCCGGCAGUCUGGAGACGCUCUGUCCCGCGCAGCUCAUCGCUCGUACGGUGACUCUGCUUGAGCGCUUCAUCACAGACUUUCAGCUGCGAGGCCCACAAGCGCUGCUUCCUCUUUACUACAAGAGAUGGGUGCACAGUGGCACACGUGUGCGUCUGUGGAGCGAAGACGGACCGGAGGCCGAGGUGGUGGGUCUGGAUGAGAACGGAUUCCUGCAGGUGAUUUCAGAUCAGGGUGUCGUCUCUGUGCAGCCUGACGGAAACUCCUUUGACAUGUUGAGAAAUCUGCUGGUAACUAAGACCAGAUGAAAGCUGAAGAUACCAAUGAUUCAUUUGACCACAUGUCAAGCGUUUUAAGCUGUGGACUUUGUGAGCUAGGAUUUGAACUAACAUGUUAAUUUCUUUGAUUCAGUUAAUGAUUUUGAUCGUCAUAUUGAUUUGUGGUGAAUGGGCUUUUGUGCUGUAUUUAUUGUCUAAAAAUUUUUUUCAAUUUCUUUUGUCGUUUUUCAUUAAAUACAUCUUUGACUUUAUUCAGUAUCUUGAAACUGUAGGAAAUAGCUACAUGCGUUUGUUUGUGUGAGGAAAACAUUUCUUCUACUGAAAAUACAGUACGUGGUUUUUAUUUUUAGUCUCAUUUCUCUUCAGGCCUUACAAUCUCUGUGUAAUUUUACAUAAACAUCAGACUUUUUGCUUUUGUAAAAUCAAGGCUUUGGUUAAAUCUUUGUAGUUUAUUUACUGGUUGUUGUUUUUUUGUUUUCAUGGAAUUGUUACUGUGUAUUUUGAUUCAUAUCAUGGAUAUUCAGCAGCUCAUCUGUCAAUAUUGCUCAAUAUUUUGUAAUAUUUCACAGUUUGUAAACAUGCAUUGAGUCAUUCAAAUGUUAUGAAGUAUAAAAACAAAAUGUAUCGCUUUAUUUUUUUUUGUUCUAUAAAACAACGAAACAGUUUGUUCUUUGAGUGAUCCGCGUCAGUUUUAUUCAAUGAAAUGAUUUGUUGGGAUGCGUAACAUGAUUCAUAAUUCUCAUGCUGAUGGUGUUCACAGACGGAUUCGCUGGCUUGUUUUGGCCACAUGUAGAUCGGAUGUAGCUGCCAGUCACACAUUGUGUUUGUGUAUGAAGUUUUUUUAGAAAGAAAUGCAAUAGGACAUGUGCAGAAACAAUCUGGGGUCACUUUAGGGGGCAGUCACAAAUGUAAAGAUUCUAAUGGAUUGAUGCGAAGUGACUUUCAAGUACAGUAGCUCAUACUCUCUCAGUAAGCUGACCCGACCCAAACUAAACCAAACCAAACCGUGGGGUACUAUGCAAUGGAAAAGCGCCAUAAAUGUGACCUCUGCAUUUAACCUAUCCCAGUGAGUAGUGGACACACAGACGCACACAUACACAGACACACACAAACACACACACACACAGAGCUGUGGGCUGCUGUCACUUUAGCUGCACUGCAGUUGGGGUUAAACGCUCAAGAGCACCUCAGUCACAACCUGCUGGGUAUGAGACUUGAACCUAUGACUGCCCCCAUUGCUAAGCCAUUUGAUUUUAAAUCUACUUUUGUCCACAUGGUUUUGGUAAAGGUUAAGUUUUUUUCAUUGGCUUGGUAUGAAAUCAAUGGCUGUCUAUGUGAUGCCUUUACUUGUGUGUGUGUGUGUGUGUGUGUUGGGUUUCCUGGCUCUUUUGCAUUCAUCCGCUCACAUUUAGAUUCACCUCAUCUGUCUUUCGCACCUCGCUGUCAGACUCGUCUCUGGUCCUGAUGAGGUGCAAUGUUCCUCCCAGCUUCUCUGAACGGUCUGAGAUCUUUCACCUCAUUACAAACCCAUUUUACGUUUAACACUUUCUCGGAUUUUGUUCGUCCGUCUGUUCCUGUGUGUGUGUGAUCCGGUCUUAAGUGUUUUAUUAAAUAACGGUCACCAUCUCCUCUGGACCACAUCGAGGUCCUCAAUAUAUCUUUAAGAGGUCCAGGACUCAAGUGGCACGUGUACACAUUUACCCAUGAGUGUUCUUAAGGCUAAAUGCCCACGUAAGCGCUCUUAGCCUUUAAAAAUCAUUACGCAAAUAGCUCAGCAUCUCAGAUCCAUAAAUGUCACCGCCACAAUAUCCUGUUAAACAAUUUCAGCAGGAGGGUGCCUGGAGGUCAAACCAAAUCUAUCAUCUGUAAUAUUGCUGCAUAAUACCAUAUUCCAAUCUUCUCUCCCCAGAGAUGGGCGCAAGAGUCUGUUGGCUCUCCUUCAAAAAUCAUGAAAAGCUGCAGUCUUCAUCAGCAAACAAACAGAGCCUGUGUUUACUCUUCCACGGGCCUGAAUUGAGAGUAUUAGAUUGAAAAAUCUUUUCAAGGUUUUUUUCUACUAUAGACAGAAGUUUUCCCACUGCUUUGAAAACAAGUCCCCAUCGACACACAUCCCAUGAGCCUUUGCAUGUGACACUGCAUUCAUUUAUUGUUUGACAAGAGACUGUGACAUCAUCAUUUUUAUCAUUUCAUAUUGAUUCUCUUCAUACGUUUGUCCCUUUGUACCAUUAUUAAACUGAAGUUCGGGUGACUUAAAUAUUUCCUUAUUUUGUAUAUCAGAAAAAUAAGAUUGUACAUUUGAUGAAAAAUGUCUAUAAAAUCAGUUUAAAUACGGUAAAGACCAUGUUUAUCUCAUCUGAUUUGUUUAGGUUUGUAGUUACAUGUGAAAUUAAAUUCUAACCUGUUUUAGUAAAUGUCUGAAAUCAUGUCAUGAUACAGUGAUCACUUUCUAUGGAUGCAAUUCAAUAUUUGGGUGGUUGUGUCAGUUGAAAUAUCUACAGAGCGUUGGUGAAUCGACUGCUGCGCUAAACAUCUGGAGACUCUUUACCACCAAAACAUGUUUCAGCUUUUUCUUCAUUGGUUUCCCAGAUAUCAUGGCUCUGUGUCCAACUGGACCGGCUACCGCACAUGCAGUAAAAAUAGAAAAGGUUUUAUUCCUGAUAUGGUGUUGCUUCUAUAAAUCAAUGAAUCUAUAAAUCUCUUUGGGACAAUGUGUUUUUAUAUAUCCACUGUUGAUUUUGUAAGUUUGCAUAAAAUGUCCGCCUGUAAACUCUCAGUCUUUGUAAUGUUUAACCGCUACAGUCCGUGUCAUUCAUCCAGUGAAUUCUGAGUGUCACCUUUCAUUGCUUAUGAUAACAGACGUGCCGAUGUAAUGGGGAACAUGGCGUCCCUCAGGGGAGGGGCUAGAGGUGGGACUUUGUGUCCGGUACAGGCACGGAUUCACCUCCUCUCCUCGGUAGCCGUAGCUCUCCGUUAAAUGGCUUAAAGCGUAAGGUCCCGAUGGGAAGGAGCUAUGCUUGGCCAGAACGUGGUGGAGGUUCAAAGAAACAAAUGAACUUUGCGGCGGAAGGCUCAUUUCCAGGAGAAGCCUCCUCUCCUCCAGGCUGUUCUGCUCUGGGAGUCGGUCCGGACACCUUUGC